GACUGGACCAAGUGGGCCGAGAGUCUAAGUUGGAUUCCUUUAUUCGGACGAAUGCUGUGGAGAUCAACGAUUGACCUCGAAACCUUCUGAGAUUAGUUUGUCUCGGCUUCAACAGCCAUGGCGCACCGGGCGACGCGGAGUGAAUCGCUGAUCGUAAUCGCGGUUUUCUUGCAAAUUUUGUCACCUAUCUACACUCAGGAAUGGCGGCCUUGCGUGGAAUUAAAAAGAGACCUUUCGGUGCCUUGCAAAUGUUCCUGGUCGCCGACUCACCAGCGGGCGAUUACGAUGAAUUGCGACGGUGUGAUAUUCACCCGGGACGUGAUCGAGGGGUUGAAACAACAGCCUGUAGUAUCGUUUAGCCAAAAAACCGUCGGUUACAAAACUCUGCCAGAGGAUCUUCUAAGCGUUGGAUUGCCGGUGGAAAAAUUGGACUUGUCCAAAAAUUCGAUAACCAAACUUAUGGACCGGCUUUUGCAGUCUCAAAGCCGUCUCCAGGAGCUUAGGUUGGCCGGGAAUUUACUCGGAGACAAUUUGAACCCGAUAUUUUCGAGCAACGAGUUUCACGAAAUGAGGGAACUCAGAGUUCUCGAUCUUGGUCAAAACGGGCUGCGCAGCAUCGAGGAGGGCAUUUUUAAGGGAUGCUGGAAACUCGAAGAGCUCUACUUGGAUGGAAAUAAUUUGACUUCUGUGCCUGCCGCUUCGCUGAAAGGACCGGAAGCCAUCAAACUACUGUCUCUGUCUCGCAAUAACAUCGGAUCCGUGAUGCGUGACACCUUCAUUGGCAUCAGCAAAUCUCUAGAAGUGUUGAACCUCAGUUGGAACAGCAUUUCGCAUAUGGAUGACGAAGCUUUUGUUGCUCUAGAAAAUCUCGUUUCUCUCAACGUUUCCCACAACGAUUUAACGCGUUUCAACAGCGACGUUUUCAAAGGAGCCUCCAAUUUGGCACAGCUUGACCUGUCCAUAAAUUACUUCAAGGAAUUUCCGACCGUUGCUUUGAGGCAUUUGUAUGCGUUGACUUUCCUAAACCUGUCCAACAAUUUGAUCAGUGAAAUUGAACAAACACAUUUAUCUGGAUUAACGGAGCUAGAAGUUCUGGAUCUGAGCAGGAACAACAUAGCUCGUCUAGGAGUGAACGCAUUCUCAAGUCUUUCUAGUCUCAUUCGUCUUGAUUUGAGCCUAAAUGCACUGCGCACGAUCGAAGAAUCCGCGUUCGAGGGCUUGACAAAUCUGAAGUGGAUAUCCCUGCAGGAUAACAAUAUCCUGCUGGUACCUGGAUCGGCAUUGUCUCGGCUUCCUGCUCUCACACAUCUGCAUAUCGAGUACAAUCGAAUAGCAGCCCUUUCGAUCGAUCUUCUGCGUACAUCAUCUGCGACCCUUCGGACAUUGGGAUUGUCCCGUAAUUUAGUUCGAGAAAUACCCGCUCGCUUGUUUGAAAAUUUUGAAGUUUUAAAUAGUAUCGAACUGAACGGUAACGUGAUAUCAUCUCUGUCUCCGAAUACGUUUAUCGGGAUAGAAGACAGCUUGGAGAACCUGGAUCUCUCUAAUAACCGUUUAACGGUAAUUGGAGAACUUCCUUUAACGAAUUUGGUUUCCUUGAACCUGGCUGGAAAUUUACUGAAACGCGUUUCCGCGGAAACUUUUACUAUAAUGACAAACUUACGGUAUUUGAAUUUAAGCAGUAAUCCGCUUUACGGUGGAUUUCCACCAAUUUUUCCGCCCAUGCUAAGAACACUUGACAUUUCUUAUACCGGGCUCAAAGUUUUACCUUCGAUUCUGUUCCUCAAUUUGGAAUCACUUGAGAAGGUUUCGCUGACCGGUAAUUAUUUGCAAGAAAUUGGAGAAGGUACCUUCCAAUAUCUUUACAAUCUUUCAUCGAUCGAUCUCUCGUUCAAUGCUAUUGAGAGCAUUCAAAAAGGUGCUUUUGUCAGUUUGAUUAAUUUGUACGAGCUAAAUCUACGGGGGAAUAAAUUAGUCUCAUUUGGCGGCGAGUUUUUUAACACGGGAACUGGUCUGGAAGUAUUGAAUUUAUCCGAUAAUCUACUCAGCUACCUGUCCCCCACGGCAUUCGUUAUCCAUCCAAGACUGAGAGAAAUCGAUCUCUCAAACAAUCGUUUCACUUACUUCCCUAGUGAUUUUAUCAAGCCGUUGCAAUUCUUAGAAGAUGUCGACCUAUCCAACAAUAUGUUGAUCGGCAUAAACGAGUUCGCGUUCUCUCAAGUGGCCCGGCUCAAGACGUUGGAUUUAUCGGGUAAUAAAUUAGAGUCCGUAGACGAGCUAGCUUUCCACAACUCAACGCAGCUCCAAACUAUACGUUUGGCAAACAACAAUUUGGAACUGCUCAGCGAACGAACCAUGGAAGGCAUACUUCGAUUAAAAUACCUCGAUCUUUCAAACAACAAGCUUACUUCCUUGCCUGAAACGAUGUUCGACUCAUCAAGACUUCGAGCUUUGGAGAACAUAAAUUUAUCCGGAAAUAAAUUUGUUCAAAUACCGGUUAAAGCGUUGCAGAAACAGUCUCAGUCACUCUACAGUUUGAACAUGGCCAACAACAAAUUGGUAGAAGUAUUCAAUCAAGACACCGUCAGCAAUGUCAAGGAGCUGGACUUGUCGGGGAAUCCAUUGAGCGAAAAUGCUGUACGCGGAAUUCUAGGAGAGGCAAAGAUACUGCGAUUGCUCAAUCUCGCGAAUACGGGGAUCAGAGCCAUAGCAAGGUUGGAAACACCGUUCUUACGACACUUGAAUGUAUCGGGAAACAACAUAAGCGACAUUGGACCAGUCGCUCUGGAGCGCACUACCAUGCUGGAGAGCCUGGACAUAUCUAGAAAUAAUAUAACAGACUUCACAAACUUGAUUGAAACUUUCAAAACUCUUUCAGUGCUCCGCACCUUGGACAUUUCGCAUAACGCAAUCAAGGCUGUAAACGAGAGUAGUUUUGGCGGUCUUAACGCCCUUCAGGAAUUGAAAAUGGUCGAUCUACCAGACUGCAACAGGAUCGAAAGGAACGCCUUCAAGACACUGGGAAAGCUCAAGUCUUUGCACGCCUACGAUUAUCCGCGACUUGGAUACUUCGACGUUCAAGGUAUCCUGAAGUACAUGAACGGCAUCGAAGUUGUGGAUAUUGAAAUCAAGGACUCCACAGUCGGCAACGAGCAGCUGUCCAUUAGAUCUCACCCCCGUUUACGUUCGCUAACUUUGCGAGGAGAGAGGCUGCGAAAUGUCCUCUCGAGUUCCCUGGUAGGAGUCAGGAACCCCGAAUUAACCAUUGGGCUGAAGGGUACAUCGAUUGACACGAUUCCAAACGCGUUGUUCUUCCCAGUACCCCGGUCCACGAAGGUCAUCUUGGACGUAGCCGGGAGCCGAUUCUCCAGGUUGCCACAGCAGUUUAUCGCCGCUUUGGAAGACAGGAGUGACACCAUCGUUCUUAAGGGCCUGGAUUCGAACCCCAUAAAAUGCGACUGCGAGGCGAUACCGCUUUGGCGUUGGCUGACGAUGUCGAAGCAUAAGACAGGCGGUCCAGCAAUAAAAUGCGCGAGCCCUGAGCACGUGGCUGGAAGGUACAUCACGGAUCUGAAGGAAAAUCAUCUGAGCUGUGACAGUACAUCAUCCACGAAAUUUGACUCGACCGAUCCCACGGCGGCUAUGCGAUCCACGACAUCCGAACCGGAAAUAAUUUGGACCGCGGCUCCAACGACGCAGGAUAAUAAUAAGAAGUAUCACAACGGCGACGCGACGUCGCCAACUGGCAGCAAUGCCACAACCACCGACGACACUUUGGUCAUCGGUAUUGUUGGAGGAGUUUUUGCGAUCGUUGCAAUCGUGGUCAUACUCAUAUGCAUUUGCCGGUUGAGAUGGAGCAAUCAGGUAAACGAGGCUCGCAUGGCAGCUAUGGCUUCCAGCAUUCACGAAGCCUCGGUUAUCAGGCCGGGCAGCACUUACUCGGGAAAAGCUAAUCAAGACCUUUACAUGGGGUCGUAUAACGGUUCUGUGCUGGGUCACGGUAACAACAUGUCCGGGAUAUCAGGAUCCCCCGUUCACACUCCUUUACCUAUGAUGCCCAUGGUACAACCGAUGCACAUGCUGCAGCCGAUGCACAGGCCAAUGUCGCAACCGAUUUAUGGCUACUACGAAAAUCCUAAUCUACCGGUUUACAUGACUUACUCGUCUGAUCGUGAGAACAAAUUUGACAGAUAAUCGAACGUGAUAUGCUGUACCAAAGCCUCCCUUUUUUGCCCAGCAGUUUUCAACGUUGAAACAUGAUUUUUUUCUUCUUCCUUUUCUUUCUCAGCGUUGAGCAAAAAAAUGUACCGGUUACGCUAUAAAUACGUCAUGUUACCAAAAAUUCAUAUCUUCUUUUUUCAAAUUAGGUACUCUUCUAACACUGCCAAGCUUUCAGUACCAUUUCGUGCUCAAAAAAUUUAUAUACAUGUAUGAAAGCAAGCGUGCUAUUCUGUUGGCAACAUUAAAAUGGUAAUAAGAUUUUCACGGGUUCAUGGCAUCAUGUUCAUUUAACCAUAAUUUCUGAAAGCAACUUUAAUAACAAAAAUUAAAUAACAGUAUAGUAUAAAUGAUCUUUA